CGGCGUAGACGAAGCUAUUCGUCGUGACGAAUGUGGACGGCUUAUCCGUCUCUGUUACGUUCACUUGCUCAAACACCCGCGCCAGCGCACGCGAUUAAGUGCUGUUUUCUUUUCCUCCGUUUCCCCCCCCGCCCAUUUCAUGUUUUGCGCGGGAGCGCUCUUGUUAGUUAUUUGCCCCAUGCGUCUCCUGGCGUAGAGCUCCUGGCGUAACUGAACUGGCAAGACCGCGCCUUAUUGCGCAAAUCGGACCACACCGUCGAUCUCGGCGGAAUCAACGGUGUUUUGUCUGGGUGCGUGCAUGUAUGCGCGAGUCUGUGUGUGUGUAUGUGUGUAUGUGUGUGCGUGAGAGAGAGAGAGAGAGAGAGAGAGAGAGAGAGAGAGAGAGAGAGAGAGAGAGAGAGAGAGAGCGGCAAGAGCGACAGCGUGGCGGCAGCUGUCUGCAAGCGACAUUGUCAUUAGAUUAGUCACGUGCCGACGACGCCAACUCUUCUAUGCUCUCUCGGCGACGACGCCAACUCUUAUAUGCUCUCUCGGCGUCGUCGGCGGUCCCCAGGAGCAUCGUCACGUGUAUUUGCUCUUAUCCUCUCCCUUCAAGCCACCAUAGCCGUGCUAACGUGUCGUCAUCGACAGUCUCAUGAUCGUCCAUGGACUGAGAAGUCACGACCAGUAGUCAGCGAAGAAGAAAAAGAAAGAGAAGAAGAAGAAGAAGAAGAAGAAGAAGAAGAAGAAGAAGAAGAAGGGAAGAAAGAAGAGAAGGAAGGAGGCGAAGGAGAGUUGGUAAGAUUUAAUUCAGACCGUCCUGUCGAUUGGGUGGCAAUCGGAGGACAAACGCUGAUGAGGAAGAGGAUUCGAGGGAGAAGCAGACGGGAAUGAAUGUUGCUCAGUAGUCCCUCAAGGGAGGAGAGGAGGGGGGUGGGGAGGGGCGGGGGGCUUCACAGCAGAGCAAAGAGAAAUUACGGGGGCUGCGAGACGCAAGAGGCCCAUUUGUGCCGCCCCUCUCUUCCCAAGGCCGUACGAUUUCGAUCUUCUGGUCGGUAGAGCUGGCGCGGUUCGAUUCAUGGUUCGACUUUAUGGCUUCCAGCAGUCCUGGACUUGGGGUCGGGUCCCUCGUUUCACAAGUUGCAGCUGCCGAUAUCUGGUCGUCCAAGAGUUUGAGUACGGACUUUGCAAACAGCUUUGCGCCAGAUGCGAGCCGUGACAAUGUAGGCGACUACGACUUGGCAGAGCUGGAUCAUCCUCUGCACUUUGCACUUGAUGACGAUCCUGAGUUGGGACAAGAAGAUGGUGUUGCGACUUCUGCAUCGCCUUGUGGGAAAGACAGAUUGACACUUGUACCUUCUUUCGAUACCUCUGAGGAGAGUGGGAAACCUCUCAUGGGAGGUGGACAUGGUGAAACUAAGGCUGAUAGUCAGCUGGUUGAGCAACAUUCGCAGUAUAAUAAUGCUGCAGUGUCUGCCUCAUCUGUUGGCGUUGAGUCUCCAACAGGCGCGCGUUUGAGUUCCACUCAUCAUGCGGCGUUUGACUUGCCCAGCAGUAGGGCAGGCAUUGACGGGGUUAAUUCGCCAUCGGCAGCACCGAUGGCAGUCUCUGGGCGGUUAGAGAACUGGGGAGAAGCGCAGCGGAUGGAGCCUCACAGUCCGCGGACAGAUGCAUCAGGGGAAAUGGAUGCGGAAAUGAAGGCGAUAGAGCCGAGAUCUCCGCAAUCAGACAGCGCGAACACUAAUGGUGCGGUCCUUCCACCAUCAUCGAGAGAUAGGGGUGAAGAUAAUAGCAAGGCUCUAAGGAGAUUAGCUCAGAACAGAGAAGCAGCUCGGAAAAGCCGUUUGCGGAAAAAGGCUUAUGUCCAACAACUGGAAUCAAGUCGCAUACGGCUUCAACAGCUUGAAGCAGAAUUGCAAAGGGCUAGACAACAGGGAGUUUUUCCGGGCGUGGUGCCUCCCACCACACAUGUCCCAAGUGUUCCAAGCUCCCUGACAAAUGGUCUGGCCAGCAACACCUUAAAUCCAGGCGCUGCGGCGUUUGACGUAGAGUAUGCACGGUGGCAAGAAGAGAUGCACCGACAUCUAUGUGAUCUGAGAGCGGCGUUGCAGUCACGAUUAGCGGAUAACGACCUCAGGAUGCUGGUCGAUGCGUGCAUUGGACACUAUGACGAGCUAUUCCGGCUUAAGAGCCAAGCUGCAAAAGCGGACGUUUUUCAUCUUGUCAGCGGGAUGUGGAAGACGCCAGCAGAACGAUGUUUUAUGUGGAUGGGGGGAUUCAGACCAUCGGAACUGCUCAAGAUUCUUCUGCCACAGAUCGAGCCUCUUUCGGAGCAGCAGCUGCUAAAUAUCUACAACCUCCAACAUUCUAGCCAGCAGGCGGAGGAUACGUUGUCGACAGCAAUGGGUUCGUUACAGCAAUCUCUUGCUGAGACGUUAACUGCUGGCCCAUUAUCAGCAUCCUCGUCAAAUGUCGCUAAUUACAUGGGACAAAUGGCCAUGGCAAUGGGGAAACUGGGUACUUUGGAGACUUUUGUCUGUCAGGCAGAUAACCUUCGCCAGCAGACACUGCAGCAAAUGCAUCGUAUUUUAACGACACGCCAGUCAGCGAAGGGCUUACUUGCGAUGGGCGAUUAUUUUGCACGUUUGCGUGCGUUGUCGUCACUUUGGGGUGCUCGGCCACGAGAAUAGAUUUGUUUGCCUGUUAUCAAGAUAAAAAGGCAUUUGGUUGUUAAUUUCGCUUUGUUUUAGUUGUCAUUGUAGGCCCUUGUUGCGGUGUUUUCUACACUCCUCAGCGAUGCCGUCUCCCUAUUCUUCUCCCUUGUCAAACCUUGGUUUGUGUGGCCUCUUCAGGGGAUCGCGUGCGGUUGAUGGGUGUGUGGCGGUUCAUCGUAGUAGAGAGAGGAGGAGGAGGAGGAGGACAAAUGCUUUGCUGGUGUAGAGCCGAUUCGUGAAUAGAUAGGAGGGGGGGUAGUAGCGUCUUGACUGUUUAUCGUUCUCUUAGAAGGGUUGUCUCAAUGGCGUUGGUGGGGGGAGAGGGUAUAGGGUAGUGGGGGAAGAAGAAACGCCAAGAAGGCGGAUGGCAUGGCUCUGGGAAACAGAAGGGGGGGGCCAUCGUCAGCAGAUGAUUGCGUAACCCGGCUUUCCUCUGCCUGUGGGGAGGAGGGGGUAGUGACAUACAUUGAGAUUGGCGAAUGUUUCUAAUAGAAGGCGUUGGCACAAGGAUUCGGUGGAGGGAUUCGGUGAAAGGAGACUUGGGCCGAUGGGAUGACAUUGGGGGAAGGAAAGGCGGGACCACCAGAAGACAAUUGCUUCAGCCAGCUUCCCUCUGUCUGACUGUGGAUAAGCUCUUUUGAAAUUUUUCAUUUCAGAUUUUUGUGACUUGUAGGUGGAGGCGCUGCUCAAGAAGAGAGUUCAAAAUAAAAUUCACGGUGGAGAUUUCAUCUUCAGGGAAGCGCGUUCGUACUGUCGUUUUAUAGAAGAAUAAAAGGGGCCUUGCUGAAACAUAUGCGUUUGCGAGCUCCGUUCCUGUAGAGGGUCUUCCAGACUGCAACUUGAUGCUCAUGCAUGUCAACGAACAUGUACAUGCGGUGGAGAGUGGGAGAGAGUGAUGGGCGUGAUCAGCAGGGAAACCAUCCACACAUGGUGGAGAAAGCUGCUCAGGAGGGUCACAUCGGUGAGGUGAUUAAAGAGCGCUUGUGAACACCAGAGAAGAGGGCUUGUGAGGUGAUUAAAGAGCGCUUGUGAGAAUAC